GUGGAAACAAAUUAAGUCUCUAUAUAAAGAAAACAAGUUUUAAAAAAUAUGAACAGACGUGGCCGUUAUUAUCUUCAGUAAAUUUAUUAUUUGACAAAAGUAUCAAAAACCAUGAAAAGAUUGAAAUGAGCCUCCUUUUUUCAGAUUUACAACAAAAUUAAUGUCUGAUAUGAAUAUAAAGGCUGUUCAAACAUGAAUCUGUCCUUAUUACCAACCAAUAAAGUUUUUAAUCGCAUAUCUCUUAUUCAAAGAAAAAGUAAAACGUACUAAAAGUGAAGAAUGUCCUUCAUUAAGUCUCAUCCUAUGAGAAAAAGUGUUUCUCUGCAGUUCAACAUUUACACAUCUGUCUCUGAUGUUCACAGAUGCAGAGGUCUCCUGUAAGUUUGGACAGAGCUGCAUUUUACCCUGCAGGUUUACACCUGGAGAUGAUCCUGUUAUUCACUGGUUUAAGCUGGGACCAAAAAUGACUUGGGUUAACUCCUACUAUGACAACAAGGACCAACUGCAAUACCAGCACCAGAGGUUUAGAGGAAGAAUGUCUCUGUUCCAGGAUCAGAUCUCCAAAGGAAACGCCUCCCUGCAGCUGACAGGAGUGAUGGUUCAGGAUGAAGGAAGAUAUCGAUGUUACACCAGCACCAUCACUGAAACAGGAGAAUUCUACAUCAACAUGAAGGUUUACGCUCCACCUCAGAAGAUCAACAUGAAGCAGACGGAAAACCAGAUCAUCUGCAGCUCAGGUGGGAUCUAUCCUCAACCUGAUCUCAGCUGGUCCAUCAGUCCUCCAUCCAGCAGAACCUUCCAGAACACAACCAGAGUCCAGAAGACUGAAGAACUUCUUUACAACAUCAGCAGCUCUCUGACUCUUUCAGACGGUGAAGAUGACCUGGACUACAUCUGCACCAUCAGCACUCCAUCAAACCAGAGGAGAGCUUCAUGGAGGAGAGGACCUUCAGUGAAGAUCAUCUCUGGAGAAGCAACCAUCUCCUGCUCUGCCUCAGACUCCUCCCUCAAAGGCUUCAGUCUGGUUUGGAGCUUCAAUCAGAAUCAGAUGAUUGUGACCAAGAAAGAGGAUGAUGAGCAGAGAGUGUCAGAGGAGUGGAAGCAGCAUGUGAAGGAUGUAUCAGAGUCAGGCAGACUCACACUGCAGCACUUAUCUGCAGAUCAUGAGGGAACAUACACAUGUGAAGUCAGCAAGGAUGAGGAGACCAACAUCACUCAAGUCUCUCUGAGUCCAGCUGAGGAAUCAAAUGCAGAGGUCUCCUGUCAGUUUGGACAGAGCUGCAUUUUACCCUGCAGGUUUACACCUGGACAAAGUCUAAUCAUCCACUGGUAUCAUAUGACACCAACACAGACUGGAGUUCACUCCUACUAUGACAACAAGGACCAAUGGGGACACCAGGACCAGAGGUUUAGAGGAAGAAUGUCUCUGUUCCAGGAUCAGAUCUCCAAAGGAAACGCCUCCCUGCAGCUGACAGGAGUGAUGGUUCAGGAUGAAGGAUCAUAUAAAUGUUUCACCAGCACCAUCACUGAUGGAGGAGAAUUCUACAUCAACAUGACGGUUUACGCUCCACCUCAGAAGAUCAACAUGAACCAGAUGGAAAACCAGAUCAUCUGCAGCUCAGAUGGGAUCUAUCCUCAACCUGAUCUCAGCUGGUCCAUCAGUCCUCCAUCCAGCAGAACCUUCCAGAACACAACCAGAGUCCAGAAGACUGAAGAACUUCUUUACAACAUCAGCAGCUCUCUGACUCUUUCAGACCGUGAAGAUGACCUGGACUACAUCUGCACCAUCAGCACUCCAUCAAACCAGAGGAGAGCUUCAUGGAGGAGAGGACCUUUAGUGAAGAUCAUCUCUGGAGAAGCAACCAUCUCCUGCUCUGCCUCAGACUCCUCCCUCAAAGGCUUCAGUCUGGUUUGGAGCUUCAAUCAGAAUCAGAUGAUUGUGACCAAGAAAGAGGAUGAGGAGCAGAGAGUGUCAGAGGAGUGGAAGCAGCAUGUGAAGGAUGUAUCAGAGUCAGGCAGACUCACACUGCAGCACUUAUCUGCAGAUCAUGAGGGAACAUACACAUGUGAAGUCAGCAAGGAUGAGGAGACCAACAUCACUCAAGUCUCUCUGAGUUUAGGAAAUUUUCUUGUCACCAUCAUCAUCAUCAUCGUAGUGGUUAUAGUUAUUGGGGUCGCUGCUGCUGUAAUCUAUCUGGUGAUUUAUAGCAGAAAAAAAGACACGGAGUGAUAUGACAAAAAUCCUUCUUCAUGGAGUCAAUCCUGUAAGUGUGUCUGUUUGCUGCCUUGUUCACAGGUUUGUGUUCAGUUUUUGCUCAGACAGCAGAAUCUGAAAUGCAGAUCUAGCAGAUGACCUUUAGGUGACAGAGGUCAGCUGCAGGUCUGUGGGCCUGCUUUCAACAAACACUCUCAUCAGCUUCAUGACUGCAGUUCAGCUUCAUUUUUCCUCAACAGUCUUUGAGCUUCAGCUGCUCUGACUUUGAGGCUCCAGAGUCUCCAGAAGAUGAAAAAGGACUGAAAUGGAGCUGAGCUGCAAAACUGCAGAAAAAGACAGAAAGAAAGAUGGAUGGAUGUGUUGAAAGUGUCAAAGCAGAGCAGAAUCCCAGCUUGUGUUUGAUCCAGGAGAAAAUGUUGGACCAUCAGGAAUGUUUGGACUCAAGUCUUCCAUUGAAAAACUAAACAUGGAUUUUCUGAAAAUCUUUCCAUCCAAACUGGAAACACAAACCACUGAACAACUUCUGGUUCAGGUUUCAUCCAGCUUACAAGUUUCUUUCUAGUUUGGAAUCAAUGUGAAAAAGAGACAGUGAGCAGAAAAUGUGCAGAAGUUUCUGAACAGAAUAGAGAAUGAUUCUAAAAGAUCAGAAUAGAAUAAAAUCUCACUUUUUAUCACA